UAAACUACAGACGCAUAAAAAGUUAAAUCAACACCCUCAAAACAUCCAAAAGGCUUUUCUGCGCGGAAGGUCGGAUUAAGCUGUGAGCCGCGCAACGGAUAUAACAACUUUGAUUGGCAAAUAAAGCGCUCGUGACUAUGCUAAUCAACAUCAACAAAGUGAAUUAAGAAAUUUUGCAGUUUAAGGCAAGAGUAGCAGCAGCAGCAGCAGCAGCAGCAGCAGCAACGACAACAACAAACCAGUUGAAGGCUCAGCAAAGCCCAAAUCAUUGCCGGUGGUGCUCAAAUCGUAAAUAAGGCAAUAUAUUAAUUAUGUGGCUGCCAAUGAUUGCUUUGAUUUUUUUGGUGAGCAGCAAAGGUGGGGUGAGCUGCAAUAAAACGAAGGCGACUAAUUUGUCUACCAACAAUGACAACCAAAAUAAUGUAGCGGCAAAUAAUAUUAGAAGUGACAACAAAUGCGCCACACAGGAUAUGAUCGUGACCGCAUUUGACGAUGUUAAUUACAACAAUGGCAACUCAAUUGCAGUGACUACAAAUGAUAGUAGCAGUAAUCGUGAAGAAGAUGCAAGUAUCAGCAGUUAUAGGAGCGCCAGCGGAGGAAGAAAUCUCCGAACCGAUGAUAAUGACGAACGCAGUAUAAAAAAUGAUGAAAUGCGGGAGAAUCACCGUCAUGACUCCAGCAAAAUCACCGAAUUAGACUCAGUGGUUGACAUUAGUUUGAGCAAUAACAACAAUAGCCAUAUCAACGUGCACAUCGAAAGGCCCAACAGUUACAGCGGCAAGGUGCCCCUCUCAAACGCAGCGCAAAGCUCUUUCAGAACGUUGCCCCGUCAUCAGAGGGCAAUUGCAGCCGUGGCCGAAGAGAAAGGAUUGUUGCAGGCGGUGGGCGAUGAACGCGUACUGCGACGCGGCAAGCGGUAUCUGCAAUUUGCCAAAGGUUCUCGUAUGUCGUGGCGUACGAAUGGUAAAAAUAACAUUUUGAAGACGAAUACCCUUUGGGCUUAUGGGUACGGAUUCCGUGUUAAUUUCCCUUUUCCCGGUCCCGAUGAAUCACGUCGCCCAUUCUUCAAACGUGAUGUACUACAUUCAUUGGUGGAUGUCCUUGAUGGACAUGGCUUAGAUGGACAAGCCUGUAUUCUGAAGUCCUAUUGCACAGCCGCUUUAGAUGUGAACUCAAAUAUCAGCGGUGGCAUGCUUUUCAAAAUGCUGAAACUGAUUUUUACGUUAAAGGAGUAUGACAAACGCCACUUGCCCUACCUACGGCUGGAGAAUUCAAAGCAGUGAAAUAUUUAAUCGAAUCGCAUAAUUCGCCAAAAUGGUGGUGUCAACUGGUCGUCCAGAA